AUGGGAAAUUGCAUGCAAUCAUGCAGAGAAAGAUAUCAUGAUCAUACGGAGGAGCAGGAAGUUAUUAGGCAGCAGAUCCAAGCAGAGAUAAGUGAAGAAAAGUCAAAAGGUGACGAUCAAGGGUUUGGGAAAGUUGGAAUGAAGGUGAAGAUAGUGUUGUCGAGGGAGGAGUUGGAGUUAUUGUUGCUUCAACUGGAGAAUAUUAAUGACGGAAUGAGAUUUCAAGACGUUUUGGAAGAUUUACAGAAAGGAAGAUUAUCGGGGAAAAAUCAACCAUGGAAACCUUCUCUGGAAAGCAUAAUGGAGUCUCCCGAGUGUCUUGAGAUGGAUCGAUCAUCCUCAUGA